AAGGUGCACCAGUGCCCACAUUGUGCCUACACCACUACUCUGCUGCAUAACCUAAAGAGACAUAUCUUAAAGCAUACUGGUGAAAAGCCAUUUGCUUGCUCUUACUGCUCAUACACAACUACCAGAAAGGAACUCCUGAAUGAGCACAUCAACCUUCACACAGGAGAGAAGCCAUUCUCCUGCCCCUAUUGCACCUACAGUUCUUCCCAUAAAAACAUCCUCCGCAGACACAUGCGAGUCCACACAGGUGGAGCGGGAGGCUAAGUAUCAGUGGACUGAUGCCAGCAGACCAGAAGACAGGCAGGGCCUCGGCUCCACCAGUAAGGUGCAUCAGUGUCGCCACUGUGCCUACCACACGCCCGAUUCCUAUAAGCUGAAGAGACAUACCCUAAAGCAUACAGGGGAGAGGCCUUUUUUAUGCCCUUACUGUUCUUAUACCACAACUAGGAAAGAAUUUCUGAAUGAGCACAUAAACACACACACUGGAGAGAAGCCCUUUUCCUGCCCCCACUGCCCCUACAGCUCCUCUCACAAGAACAUCCUGCGGCGGCAUGUGCGGCGCCACACAACAGAGCAGCUCUCAUGUGCAUCCUGCCCCUUCCAGGCCAUUACUGAAGCUGAUCUAAAGAGUCAUAUGCUGAUGCAUGUAACAAAAAAACAAAAAGUAUAGGAUAGAUCCAAUUCAGUUCAUGUUUCUUUUUGUGUUGCAACUUUGAAUGGGAUGAAGUAUAGUAUUUAUUUUAUUGUUAAUCAUUGAAAUCUAGAGGCAGUAUCUGCCAAGAUAGUGAUGAAGAGAGAGAGUAUGAAAGCCCCCUGAAGUAUUCAUUGUUGUUAACUUAGAGACUUGUUUUUAUAUAUUUUUCAUUGUGAAAAUACUAUGUUUUUAAAUAAUAUGAACAGGAAAGAAAA